CAGUGCGCUAUAAGAUAAAAAAAAAAAACAAUUUAUAAAACAAUUUUUGAAGCUCACACAGAGCUGUUGAGCAACUGCAAGGCAAACAAUUGAAACUUUAAAAUUUAAUAAUUCACCCGCCUAAGAGCACGCAACACAAAUUUAAAGAGAUGUGCAAUCAGAAACUGUUACUGUUGCUUCUGUUGCUAACAGCAGCUGCGAUUGUAAGCAACGCUGCUGCAGUCGAGUCAGAGGAUACUGACGCUAUCACUAUUAGCCCUUCGGCGCCUGACGCACAGCAACAGCCAAGAAACAUGGUUAAGCGAGCUCCAACUUCCAGCUUUAUUGGUAUGAGAGGUAAGAAGGAACGAGAAGUAUCGACAGAUGCCAACUGGUCAGGCCCGGAUCCCUUAGAUUAUGCUGAAGACGAUGCGGACAACUCUUACAAUGAGAUCGGGAGAAGGCUCAAAAAAGCUCCAAUGGCCUUUGUUGGCGUGCGAGGCAAGAAAUUUACGUCGAGUAACAAUCGACUGCGCGACUUACUACAGAACAUGGAGGAGCAGCGUCUGCGGGAGAGUUUCCUACAGGAUUUCCUGGAACAUCUGGCGAAUGACGGUGGUGAUGUGGAAAAACGAGCACCCACCGGAUUUACUGGCAUGCGUGGCAAGCGUCCAUCAUUAUCCGAAAACGACCCUGCUGAUGAUGAAGAUGAUGCCCAAGAGCUGCUGGAGAAACGCGCACCUAUCAACUCCUUUGUAGGCGUGCGUGGCAAAAAGGAUGUCUCACAUCAGCACUACAAGCGCGCAGCUCUCUCAGAGUUGUGGCGCAAACUCUUUAAAAAGGCAUACGAUGUGCGAGGCAAGAAGCAACGAUAUGCGGACUUCAACAGUAAAUUUGUGGCUGUGCGUGGCAAGAAGAGCGCCCUAAGCGAUGGCAACGGAGGACUGGAGGAGAAUAUGGUUCUGCCAUGGGUCUAUGUAAUUGGUGGCAAACGUGCGCCCAGCGGCUUUCUUGGCAUGCGAGGCAAGCGUCCUGCACUGAUGGAGUAAGCGGAACGGAACUGGUGGCACAGAUAGGCGAGCGCUUCCUCAUUUACAUUUGACGAAUGACAGUCGGAAGUUCCUCUUAAACUAGGCAAAUACAAUGUUAUAAAUAAUCGCUGGGCUGGAGAUUAUUUAGAACGUGAGUACACACACACACACACGCAUACACACGCACACAUAUUUACCUAUAGACAAGAUUUCCUCUGCUGGCAACAUAGGCUUAAUCGUUUCGAUGUAAAGUUAGCGAAAAUUAAAGCGAACUCUAAUUAAAAUCACAUUUGAAGCCCAUAUUAGCUUCAGAUGGCAUAUGAAUUAAAUUAUUUGCAUAUCUAUUUGUGGACAAAUUAAUCAAAAUUAAAAAUUGACUUAGUACUUCGUGGACAUAUCUAAUAUCGAUUUUAUAGAAAGCCACCUACACACACAUACACAUACAGACACACACCCAUUCAGAGCUGUGUAAGUGAAAGCGAGAUGUUAAUUAAUUUUCAAUUAAUUUAUUACAACGGUAAUUGAAAGCAAAACUACAUACAAAUGAUUAAGAAAA